AACAAGAUGAUGGGGGUCAUCUUGGUACUUGAAGGACGGUUGCCCCUCUCUCAAAGUCAAACAUCACAACAAAUCAUUUCAACCCCCAAAGUUGCAAUAACACAAAUAUUCAAGAUGAUGAACUGGGCCAAAAAGACGAUGGCCAAUGUUGCCGGUACAGCGGAACCGAUCUAUGGACCGUCAGCAAUUAUACCAGUCGGCAAGCAAGCAGAAACCACGCCAUACACUGAACUUUCGCGAGAAGAUAUGAAAUGGGCCGCUAUGGACUCGACGAGCGUAGAGACUCAGACCUUCUAUUUCAUGGCUGAUAGUGGACAUAUUGCUAUGGCGCAAAUUAUACACAGUAAUGUUAUUGGCGUGCGAACGACAACUCAGUUCAACUGCAAAAUCUCCUAUCCUAAAGGUAGUUCAAAGCCUAAUCUAUGGAGUUCCGAUCAACUCAGCAACGUCGAAUUCAGCGAUGAUAAAACCUGCUUCUACGCAGACGAUGUUGCUAUUGAUCUUUCUGAGGAUGGCACAGAAUAUACUAUCAAAUCCAUGACGAAUGAAGCAUCCAUCGUCAACCUCACAGUGACUCGAGUUGCUCCGGGUUUCCAUGUCGGUAAAGAUGGCAAAUCAUAUUAUGGCACGGAUCCAAAGGCUCCUUGGGGCUCGAUGAGACAUGCAUUUUGGCCACGAACUAUCACCAAAGGUUCUAUUACCACCAAAGAUGGGUCAAUAGACUUCAAGGGCAAGGCAUUAUUUAUACAUGCGCUCCAGGGAAUGAAACCACAUCACGCUGCCGCAAAGUGGAAUUUUGUCAACUAUCAAGGUCCACAAUUUUCAGCCAUAAUGAUGGAAUACACAACACCUCCAGCAUAUGGUUCUACCGUUGUCAGUGUCGGUGGCAUAGUCAAGGAUGGCGAAAUCAUCUGUGCUGGAGCUGGAAAUACCGCAAAACACACCAGGAUCAAGAAUGACGAGGAUGCUGGCUGGCUGGAACCAGAGGCUGUCAAAUUCGAUUGGCAAGGAAAGACAAAGGAUGGAAAAUCCGUUUCUGGUUUAAUCGAAACAGACCUCGAGGAAAGACUCGAUAGAGUUGAUGUCAUGGCUGAAGUCCCUGGGUUUGUGAAGAAAAUCGUGGGCAAUGUUGCUGGAACAAGACCAUAUAUCUACCAGUACUCCCCGCGUAACAAGCCAACCACUUUGACACUGAAGAUUGGAGAUGAAGAAAUUACAGAGGAGGGAGUUCUCUACACCGAAGCAACGUUUAUUUCCGAAUGAUACCUUGGGACUUGAGUUUAUGGUAUUGAUGUUUUUACUUGUCAAUUUUUUUGGUUUUUGGGCGUCUGCAGAACAAGAGACAUCAUGGGUGCAUUGGAGAAUAAGUACAUACAUUUUAGGGCUUGGAGAUACCUUAUGGGGUAAUAGAGUCUCUUUAGGAGGCUUGGAUAUCAAC